UGGACCCGGUGGCCUCGCCACGCCUCCGCUGGCCCGGAGGAGCCGCGGCCCCGGCGGGACCCGGCACGGCACGGAGCAUCCAUCCCGGGCGGGCACGGAGCAUCCAUCCCGGGCGGGCACGGAGCACCAUGGCAGGCAAAGCCCACAGGCUGAACACAGAGGAGAGGGAGCAGCUGCUGCCAAACCUGAGAGCUGUGGGGUGGAACGAGGUGGAAGGCAGAGAUGCCAUCUUCAAAGAGUUCCACUUCAAGGACUUCAACCGGGCCUUUGGCUUCAUGACCAGAGUGGCUCUCCAGGCAGAAAAACUGGAUCACCAUCCUGAGUGGUUCAAUGUGUACAACAAGGUUCACAUCACCCUGAGCACCCACGACUGCGGGGGAUUGUCGGAGCGAGAUAUCAACCUGGCCAGCUUCAUCGAGCAGGUGGCAGCUUCCCUCUCCUGACCAGGGAUCCACCAGCCAAAACCCCACUGUGCCACUGUGUCCUGCCUCCAUGGCUGCACCCAGAGCCUUUUCCCUCUUCCAAGCUAGAUCCUGGAUCCAGACAGCCCGACAGACACCUCGCCAGCCCCCCAGUGCAGCUCAGAUGGAUGGAGGCACUUCUCAGGGUGCAUGUAUCCAUCCCUGAUCUUGCAGGUUCCAUCCUUAAACCCUUCCUUAGCCAUGUGAUCCCACAGCCCCAGCUGCUGAGCCUCUUACCAGGAUUCAGUCAUAUCACAGAGUCACGGGAUGGUUUGGGUUGGAAGGGACCUUAAAGAUCACCUCAUUCCACCCCCUGCCAUGGGCAGGGACACCUUCCCCUAUCCCAGACUGCUCCAAGCCCCAUCCAACCUGGCCUUGGACACUUCCAGGGAUCCAGGGGCAGCCACAGCUUCUCUAGGCACCCUGUGCCAGGGCCUCACCACUCUCACAGGGAAGAAUUUCUUUCCAAUAUCCCAUCUAAACCUAUUCUGUGUGAUUCCAUUUCCCUUUAUCCUGUUACUACAUGCUCUCGUACAAAGUCCUUCUCCGUGUUUCUUGUCGGUUCCUUGAGGUGCUGGAAGGCUGCAAUGAGGUCACCCCAAAGCUUCUCUUCUCUGGGCUGAGUAAUCUCAAUUCUCUCAGCCUUUCCUCAUAGCAGAGGUGCUCCAUCCCUCUGAUCAUCCUGGUACCUCUCUCCUGGCCUCACUCCAACAGGUCCAUGUCCUUCCAGAGUCAAGUUACACCAGUAAAUCUGUCCAGAGCCUCCCCCAUCCUGCCCCUGUUGUUGCUCCUUACCUCCUGGAAUGUGCUUUCUGCCUAAAAUAUGUUUUGUGACCCCUCUGGCUUCUCUGUAGCCAAGCAGCAAGGUGCUGUGCAGUUUGUCAUUGCUGUAACCUCUCUCCAGCAGUAUUACAUCAGGCACAUGGUCUCACCCCCACUGGAGCCAGCCUUUCCUAGGAUACCAACUGAAAAUGUUUACAAUAAACAUCUCAUUGAACCUGA